CAAAAUUUUGACGCCGCUUUGUGGGAUUUCACUCUCAGCCUGCAUUUCUCAGUCCCUCUCUUCUGGCCUUAGUCUCUAAUUAUUUCCUUGCCAGGAGCCUGCACUCUGCCACUCUUUGCGGAGUUAGUUUCUUAUUUCCACAGGCAGCAACAGCCCACACUUGACUCAAGUCGCAUCCCCGCCACCGGUACGGCAUUUGAACCCCCGCUACCACCCUUUCACCUCGCACUCGAGAUAGUUUGGAAUAGUCACGAUGCCGCCGAAGAAGAAGAGUAAUAAGAAGGCCAACGACAAUUGGGAGGCCGAUCUGGGUGAGACCAUUGCGCCUCAGGAUGCAGCUGCCACUGAGACGAGGCCCGAGGAGGCUGCGCCCGAAGACGAUGCCUUUGGAGGUGGGCUGAUGGCUGCGAUACAGCGCCGAGGGAAGAAGAAGAAUAAGAAAGGCGGCGACCAGGAUUUCGUGCAGGGUGAGGAUCCCACGACUGAUGGCGCGGCCGCAGAUCUAGGGAGCAAGGCACCCGCAGAGGCGAAUUUCGAUGAGGACGAUGUGUUUGCGGGGAAUGCGAAUAAGAAGAAGGGGAAGGGCAAGGAAGUCGGGGUAGAGGAGGAGAAGACGGAUGAGGCGCCUAGGGUGAAGACGAAGGCCGAGAAGGAGAAGGAGAAGAAGGAGAAGGAAAAGCAGCGGAAGAAGGAAUUGGCUGCGAAGAAGAAAGCGAAUGCCCCCGCGAAGACUGAACUUGCGAAGGCCACCGAGACAAAAGCCGCUCCCACACCUUCCGCUCCUACAUCCGCCCCAGAACCCGCCACUACGGCUGGUGGCAAGAAGAAGAAACUCAACCCAGCCCUCGCCGCGAUCCAGAAGCAACAAGAAGAGCGACGGCGAAAGGAAGAGGAACAAGCACGAUUGCUGGAGGAAGAGAAAGCCAGGAUUGAGAAGCUCGAGCGUGAAGCCGCCGAAGAGGCGCGGAAGAAGGAGGAAGCCAAGGCUCUGAAGAAACAGAAAGAGAAAGAGAAGAUCGAGCAGCUCAAGAAGGAAGGCAAAUUCUUGACAAAGGCACAGAAAGAAGCCAAGGCGCGACAAGAACUCCGGAUGAAGCAGAUGCUCGAGAGCGGAGGCGCCAAGGUUGCUGGGUUGGAGGCGCCUGCCGAUGAGGCUGACGAGACCGAGAAGAAGAAGAAAAAGUCGGCCGAUGAUUAUCGAAAGAAAAAGAAGAAGACCAAGGCGGAAGAGCAGGCGCAGGCUGAUAAGGAAGCCGAAGAGGCUGCGAGAAAACUAGAGGAGCUCAGGAUUGCAGAGGAACAAGCUGCAUUAGCAGAGGCCGAAGCUAGGAAGGCGAAAGAGGCAGAAGCUAAGAAGGGCGAAGUGAGCGACUCUGGAGAGGACUGGGAAGCCCAGGCAGAUGAGAUGGACGGUGUUAAGGAUAGCUGGGAUGCCCCCUCUGAGGAAGAGGAAGAGAAGCCCAAGGCGGCAACAAAUGGAAAAGCCGCAGUGAAACAAGACACGAAGGCGUCUUCCUCAAAAACUGCUGCAGAAAUUUCGGAAUCUGAGUCUGAGAGCGAGGAAGAGUCAUCAGAGGACGAAGAACAAACAGCGACACAACGGGCCGAGGCUGCUCGAAAGGCGGCUGCCGCCGAGCGACGUCAGAAGCAACAUGAAGAAGCACUCGCUGCAAGGUCGAAAGACAACCUCCGAUCCCCCAUCUGCUGCAUUCUUGGCCACGUCGACACUGGUAAGACGAAAUUGCUAGACAAGAUCCGACAAACCAAUGUUCAAGAAGGUGAGGCAGGCGGUAUCACGCAGCAGAUUGGUGCUACGUACUUUCCCGUGGAAGCCUUACAAAAGAAGGUCGCCGUGGUAAACAAGGAUAAUAGCUUCACGUUCAAUGUCCCAGGUCUACUGGUUAUCGAUACUCCUGGUCACGAGUCUUUCACGAAUCUGCGGUCUCGAGGUUCUUCACUCUGCAACAUUGCCAUCUUGGUCAUCGAUAUUAUGCACGGACUGGAACCGCAAACUUUGGAGUCUAUGAGGCUGCUCCGGGAGAGGAAGACGCCAUUCAUCGUUGCGCUCAACAAAAUCGAUCGCCUCUUCGGCUGGUCGAGAAUUGAUAAUAACGGAUUCGAAGACAGCCUUGCCCUCCAAAAGAAGUCAGUUCAAACAGAGUUCAGAGAUCGAUGGGAUUUCGUCCACACCCAGCUCCAGGAGCAAGGCUUCAAUUCGGAACUCUUCUACCAGAACAAGAACAUGGCACGAUAUGUUUCAGUUGUACCCACUUCCGCUCACACAGGAGAAGGCAUUCCAGACAUGUUAAAGCUAAUCGUAAAGCUAACGCAAGAACGUAUGACAAAUAACCUCAUGUAUCUUUCCGAAGUCGAGUGUACGGUUUUAGAAGUUAAGGUUAUUGAGGGUCUCGGAACGACUAUCGACGUAGUCCUUUCAAACGGUGUUCUCCACGAAGGUGACCGCAUUGUGCUUUGUGGUAAUCCAGAACCGAUUGUUACCAAUAUCCGCGCGCUCUUGACGCCAGCAGAGAUGAAGGAACUGAGAGUCAAAUCCCAGUAUGUGCACAACAAAGAGGUCAAGGCUGCCAUGGGUAUCAAGAUUGCUGCCGAUGGUCUCGAUACAGCGAUUGCUGGCUCCCGUCUUCUCGUCGUUGGCAAGGAUGAUGAUGAGGAAGACCUCAUGGACGAAGUCAUGGGUGAUCUAGCGCAUCUUCUGAGCAGAGUGUCAAAGACGGGUCGCGGUGUCUCAGUCCAGGCCUCCACCCUCGGUUCGCUCGAAGCUUUACUCGAAUUUCUGCGUGUCUCGAAGAUCCCCGUUGCCACCAUCUCCAUUGGUCCAGUGUACAAGAAAGACGUGCUCCGCGCUGGUGUCAUGCUGGAAAAAGCCAAGGAGUACGCGGUAAUGCUCUGCUUCGACGUGAAAGUCGACAAAGAUGCCAAAAAUUACGCCGAGGAGAUUGGCGUCAAGAUCUUCGAAGCCGAUAUCAUCUACCAUCUCUUCGACAAGUUCACAGCGCAUAUGAAAGCGCUCGAGGAGCAAAGGAAAGAAGACUCCAAGAUGCUAGCUGUGUUCCCUUGCGUUCUGAGACCCGUCGCCGUGUUCAACAAAAAAGACCCAAUUGUCGUGGGUGUGGAUGUGGUGGAAGGGAACCUAAGACUCUUGACGCCGAUUGCGGCGAUUAAACGGAAUCCGGUUACUGGCGUUAAGGAGAUUUUGCAACUUGGUAGAGUCACAUCCAUCGAACGCGAUCACAAACAAAUCAACAUCUGUAAAAAGGGACAACCGUCAGUCGCCGUCAAAAUCGAAGGUGCAAAUCAACCACUCUAUGGCCGCCAUCUUGAAGAAGACGAUACCCUGUAUUCCGCGAUUUCGAGAAAGAGUAUCGAUACGCUAAAAGAGUUCUUUAGGAAUGAUGUCUCUCAAGAUGAGUGGAAGUUGAUUCUCCAGCUGAAAAAGGAUUUUGAUAUAAUGUGAUGAGGAAGGAAGGGUUGGGGUGAGAGAAUAAGAGGGGCGGGCGCAGGGAGGUGGGGAAAUGGUGGUUUGUAUGAUUGGCUGGCACGUAUGACGUAUGAUGGAGAUGGCGAUGGAGAUAUGGAGCUGGGGAUUUGUUUUCCUCUCUCCCCCUGCUUCGUCAUUCUACUUCAAGAACUUCGAUGUUCGGAUCUGUAGUUCUCUCUCUUUCAUUGUAGUUUCCGUGGCGUUUGCAUAUCGGAUGGCAUUUUCAAUCGGUCUGUUAUUGAUGGUGGAGGUGCUGAAACUCGAAAAGAGAGAGGCCGUAGAGUGAAGAGAGAAAAAAGCACAACGUAGCACGUAGGCUGGCAAAUGUCGUGGGCGG